UCUGACUUGAGCAGCAGGUCAGCUGACCGCCUGCUGCCACUUAGCGCUCGGCUGCAGACAGCUAGCAGCUUCUAGCAGCAGCCCCGCUGUCACAACGGGCUGGGUUAUGUUUCCAGGACCCACAGACGUGGACGGAGGUCUGUUUACCACCGACACAUGGCGGCAGAAAUUCAGCCCCAGCCGCAGACGAGGAAACCCGGCCUGCUCAACAAAAUCGAGGCUUUCCAGGACGUUGUGAACUCGGCGGUGAUCAUUCCCAAAGAGGACGGUGUGAUCAGCGUGUCCGAGGACAGGACUAUUCGGGUAUGGCUGAAGAGGGACAGUGGACAGUAUUGGCCCAGUGUCUACCACACAAUGUCGGCCUCGUGCUCCUGCAUGUCCUUUAACCCAGAGACCAGGAGGCUGUCCGUGGGAAUGGACACCGGGCUUAUCUGUGAGUUCAUGCUGUCAGAAGACUACAAUAAAAUGACCCCAGCGCGCACUUACCAGGCCCAUCAGGGCAGAGUGACUGUGGUGCUGUUUGUGCUGGAGAUGGAGUGGGUUCUCAGCACUGGCCAAGACAGGACCUUCACCUGGCACUGCUCAGAGGGCGGCCAGCAGUUGGGCAUCUAUCGCACUGCCGUCUGGGUUUCUGGACUCCAGUUUGACGUGGAGACGAGACACGCCUUUGUCGGAGACCAAUCUGGUCAGGUGACCAUUCUGAAGCUGGAGCAGGACAGCUGCAGUCUGGUCACCACUUUUAAGGGACACACUGGUAGUGUGACGGCACUGUGUUGGGACCCGGGCCAGAGGAUCCUGUUUUCUGGCAGUUCAGAUCACUCCAUCAUAAUGUGGGACAUUGGAGGGCGCAAAGGCACUGCCAUCGAACUGCAAGGACACAAUGACAAAGUUCAGGGUUUGUGCUAUGCUUCGCACACACGGCAGCUCAUCUCCUGCAGCUCGGACGGUAUCAUUGUCAUCUGGAACAUGGACGUUACUCGACAAGAGACCCCGGAAUGGCUGGACAGUGAUUCUUGUCAGAAGUGUGAGCAGCCAUUCUUUUGGAACUUCAAACAGAUGUGGGACAGUAAGAAGAUUGGCCUGCGACAGCACCACUGCAGGAAAUGUGGCCAGGCAGUGUGUGGAAAAUGUUCAUCCAAACGUUCCACCAUUCCCCUGAUGGGCUUUGAGUUUGAGGUGCGAGUAUGCGACGGCUGCCAUCAGUCCAUCACAGAGGAGGAGAGAGCGCCCACAGCCACCUUCCACGACAGCAAGCACCACAUCGUUUACAUGCACUAUGAGCCCACCACAGGAAGUCUUCUCACCUCUGGCAACGACAAGGUUAUCAAGCUGUGGGACAUGACUCACGUGGUGUCCUGAUGUCUGUGGAUGACCAGGAGAUGACAGGACGUCUGCUGCUCACCAAUCUGUGGAAUCACCUGGAAGA